AUGUCGCCACGUGACGAUGACGCCCGGACAGUGGGAGCGUAUGCAGCCCGUGAAGUUUUGAGCAGCGUUGCUGCGCCAGAAGUCACAUCUCUCAAAAAUGGUUUCCGCAUUGUCACAGAGAUCAAUGGACGGCCUACCGUUGCAGUUGGCGUUUGGAUUGAGUGCGGAAGUCGCUUCGAAAAUGAUGACAACAAUGGGGUUGCAAAUUUUCUUGAGCAUAUGUUUUAUCGAGGCACUGGGAAACGUUCUCAGACACAACUGGAAACUGAUCUGGAGAAGAUCGGUGCCCGACUUAGUUCCUAUACCUCAAGAGAACACACCGCAUUUUUCGUCCAGUGUUCGCCGAAAGAUGGCACUGGAAAACGUUCUCAGACACAACUGGAAACUGAUCUGGAGAAGAUCGGUGCGCGACUUAGUUCCUAUACCUCAAGAGAACACACCGCAUUUUUCGUUCAGUGCUCGCCGAAAGAUGUCGAAAACGUGGUGGAGCUGUUGGCUGAUGUUUUACGCAACAGUAAGUUGGAUGAAGCAGCAAUGGAAACGGAGCGCAAUCGUAUUUUGCGUGAAAUGAAUGAAGUGGAAAAUGAUCCAAUCGAAGUGGUGUUUGAUUAUCUUCACGAUGCUGCCUUCCAGGGAACACCAAUGUCGAAAUCGCCUUAUGGUAGAUCCGAAGUUAUCAGGAAUCUAGCACGACGGGACCUGCGGAAAUACACUGAUGGUACGUAUAAACCGUUUCGAAUGGUCCUAAGUGCCGUUGGCGAUGUUAAUCACUCGGAGCUAUCGAAGCUCGCUGAAAAGCAUUUUGGUGAUCUUUCGGAUGAUUAUACCGGAGUGCCCCCCGAUGUCAAAGGAAUUCGUUUCACUGGCAGCGAGGUAAUUCAUUCAAACAUAGAAUUAAAAAAAAUUAUUUGAAA